CGAAAUUACAACACAAAACCGUUGUACCACUCAAGCUCCCUCCAACAUUUACUUCAUAUCGGACAUUUACAAUCCUAUGCAGCGUAAUCGCCAAAAUUGUACAGUCAGAAAUAUGAUGUCUUUUUCUCCCGCCCCCAUUUUCUCCGGAUCUUGGGACCACCACCCUGCUGUCUCGUCGCCGCUCUCAUCUUCACCUGUGCGCGCAUCAUCGCCACUCUCACCAAUUGACAGAAAUGUGUGUCCGCAUCGGCAAAUUCAAUCUUCUCCUAUCAAGCCCCCAAAAUUCAGAUUUGCUUCGCGUCCUACUCGGCCAAAUCCAGUGAACAGGAAGCGAGAUGAGAUACAAGAAGGAAGACGGGAGGUCUUCCUCCAGAAUGUGCGACAGAGCCGUGAAGACAAGGCCUGGCAACGCAGAGACAUAGAGGGACAGUUUCUAAAGACAAAUUAUCUCGCUGAUCGAGGACAGCUGUCUCGUGAUGCUCCUGACACUACCGAGGCUGAUAUCGAGGAUGCCAUGACUUUUUACCAAGAGCAACCUCCGAUUCCGCAACAAGACGAGGAUGAAACGAUGAUGGAUGAGGAAGAGCAGCUCGAGGCGAUGCUUGCAUCCUAUGAGGAACAGCAGAUGGUUUCUUCACAACGGCCACCCUCGCCUCCGCUAUCAGACGAAGACUAUGAUGAUGUCUUUGCUGAGCUCAUAGCGCAAGAACAAUCCAAACAGAAUACACCCUCCCGACCACAAGACCAGAUGGACACUUCAGGAGAUAUUGAGAUGCAAUAAUGUUCUUUCUAAGUUGCUUCCUUUUUUUUCUUCUUUUUCUUUUCAGUGUCUUGCGCGUUUGCUCGCUUGGAGUUGGGGUUGAUCGGAUCACCAAGGAAGGGACACGGCGUUUGGGAAGUGUCAGGUUGUAUAUCGUCAGAUGUGCAUAACUAUUAUUUUGAGACAGGGUAUAUAGAUGGC